AGUUUAUUUCUCCCGUUUCCAGGCCACAUGGGUCAGUAUCAGGCCUUUUGCAGCAGGACAGAGAUACAGAGAAAUAUUGACUUCGAUGAAUGAGGAAGAUGUUUUUGUUUUAGUUAAGUACCGGUAAGGAAUUUGAGCGACGUUAGUUCUCAGCUGGAUCAAACAGAAGCGGCUUUUGGGAACAAAAAGGGGUGUGGAAACAGUUGCUCUCCUCAUAUGACACACAGCUUCUCAAACUACAAGCACAGUCUCACCGGCAGCCGCAGAGAGAACGUUUUCCGUCCUCCAAAAUGCCGGGGAUAGUCGACAGGCUUCAGCACAACCGAGACAAAGCGUGUGGGAUCGGAUCUAACUCGCAUGCUAUAAAAUACCUCAACCAAGACUACGAGGCACUGAGGAGAGACUGUCUUGACAGAGGAAGACUGUUUGAGGACGAGUCCUUUGAGCCUCUGCCGUCAUCCCUGGGCUUCAAUGAACUUGGACCAAACUCCUUCAAAGUUCGGGGCGUCACCUGGCAAAGACCCACGGAAUUGUGCCGUAAUCCACAAUUUAUAGCAAAAAAUGCUUCCAGGACGGAUAUUUGCCAGGGGGCACUUGGUGACUGCUGGCUCCUGGCAGCUAUCGCCUCUCUGACUCUGAACAAACAGGUUUUGUAUCGCGUUGUUCCCCAAGACCAAAGCUUUGAGGAGAACUAUGCCGGCAUCUUUCACUUUGAGUUCUGGCAGUUUGGAGAGUGGGUGGAUGUGGUGGUAGAUGAUCGUUUGCCCAUAAGAGAUGGAAAGCUGCUGUUUGUCCACUCAGAGGAGGGCUCGGAGUUUUGGAGUGCCUUGCUGGAGAAAGCCUACGCCAAGUUAAAUGGAUGCUAUGAGGCUCUCUCUGGCGGUAGCACUGUUGAGGGAUUUGAGGACUUUACUGGAGGGAUUGCUGAAAGACAUGAACUGAGCAAACCCCAUCCUCAUCUCUUCAAAAUCAUCCAGAAGGCUUUGGAAAGAGGCUCUCUUCUGGGAUGCUCCAUCGACAUCACCAGCGCAGCCGACUCAGAAGCGGUCACAUAUAGCAAGCUGGUCAAGGGCCAUGCCUACUCGGUGACGGCAGCGGAGCUGGUGGAGUACAUGGGAGCCUUGGAGAGGCUGAUCAGGAUCAGAAACCCGUGGGGCCAAGUGGAGUGGAAUGGUGACUGGAGUGACAAGUCCAAAGAAUGGAGAUACGUGAGCGAUGAUGACCGAUCAAGGCUGCUUAGCCGUUGUGACGAUGGGGAAUUCUGGAUGUCUUUUUCUGACUUCCUGCGAGAAUACUCCCGCCUUGAGAUCUGCCAUCUCACCCCAGAUGCUCUCACUGGAAUUGACAUUAAAAAAUGGGCAGAGACAGAGUUCGAGGAAUCCUGGAGAAAGGGCGUGUCUGCAGGAGGCUGCAGAAACUACCCGAGGACCUUCUGGACGAAUCCUCAGUUCGUUGUGAAGCUGUCUGAGAUGGACGACGACCCGGACGAGGGCGAAGACGGCUGCACCUUCAUCGUGGGCGUGAUGCAAAAAAACAAGCGCCGCAGGAGAAAGAUGGGGGAGGACAUGGACACCAUUGGCUUUGCCAUCUAUGAGCUUCCUGAGGAGUUCUCAGGCAGAAAGCAGGUGCACCUGAAGCAGAACUUCUUCCUGCGCAACCGUUCAGCAGCACGCUCCGAGACCUUCAUCAACCUGCGGGAAGUGUCGAACCACUUCUCCCUCCCGCCCGGAGAGUAUCUGAUUGUCCCCUCCACCUUUGAGCCCAACAAGAACGGAGACUUCUAUGUGAGGGUGUUCACUGAGAAGCCGGCCGACUUCCAUGAGAUCGAUGACCCUGUUGAAUGCCAUGUUGAGGAGAUCGAUAUUGAUAAGGAUGACAUCUGCGACAGAUUUCAGAGGCUCUUCGGGCAGCUCGCUGGACACGAUGUGGAGAUUUCUGCAUUUGAGCUGAAGAAAAUCCUCAACAGAGUGGUGCUGAGGCGUGACGACAUCAAAACCACUGGGUUCAGUCUGUCAACCUGCCGCAACAUGAUAAGUCUGCUGGACAAAGAUGGAAGCGGCAAGCUGGGAGUGGUGGAAUUUAAGAUCCUGUGGACAAAGAUUGAAAGGUUUUUGGAGCUGUACAAAGAGAGAGACGCUGACAGAAGCGGCUGCAUGAGCUCCUCUGAGAUGAGGAUGGCUGUCGAGGCUGCUGGUUUCUCACUAAACAACCCCCUACAUCAGAUUAUUGUGGCUCGCUACAGUGAACCAAACCUCACUAUCGACUUUGACAACUUUGUGUGCUGCCUGACUCGCUUGGAGUUGCUGUUUGACACCUUCAAGUCUCUGGACGAGGAUGGCACUGGCAAAAUAAAAGUGGGAUUUUCAGAGUGGCUGGAUCUGGUGAUGCUGUAGAGGAGAUCUCACUGCUGGCCAAACACCGGGGUGUGCCGGGGAAUCAUCGCAAUCGAUUUUUUUUUCAUCGUUUGCAAAUUUUUUAAUGUGGGCAAUUUAAUCAAAGGACGGGGAGGUUCGAGGGGGAAAUCUUGAUUAUUUUAAAUGAAGGAAAUCUGAAUUAAACUCAUAAAACAAUAGAUUUAGUUAGAUAUUUACUGCAUGCAGUCUUCGUAUCCAAUGUGCAAAUUAAAUUCUCUGAGGCCUCAGAGACAAAUUGAAGUGUGUGAUAUCUGUUUUUUAAGUACGAAUUGGACACGUUUCUUGUUUAUGCAUGCAAAGUGAAGACAGCAGAAACUACUGUAAUAUUCUUAUUUUCAUUUAGUAUAAACAUUAAAUGAAAAAAAAGUGUGAGUACUAUAAUCUAAUUUGGUCAGGGACUUCAAAUUACAAUGAAAAUACUUCCAGAUUGGAGUCCAAACUAUUUCUCACCACUGAUGUUGACAGGCUAGUGUGAGACAGUGAAGAGCGGUUCUCUGUUGACAGAAAAUAAAAAGAAAAUCUAAAGAAAAGGCUCAAAUCACUGAGGAUCAUUAAAAAGAUUCUUUUUUAAAAAACUUUGGUUAUAAAAUGUAUUAUUCCGAGGCUGCAGCAAUGCCCCUGACUCCCAAUGACUUCUGUUCACAGAUAUGCCAGCUUCAACACUUUGAAUCAAGUCAAGAUUUGAAAAAUA